GUCGCUCGCCGUUCCCCGGGCAGCCGUUACCGCCCGGUUCCCUGCCCUGCCGCGACACCCGCCUCUGGCACCGCUGCGGCGGCGGCCGGGAGGGCGGCAGCGCCCGGCGGGGGAGGAGCAGGGUGGGACGGGGUUCCGCUCCUCUCCUCACCGCCGGCCUCGGGGGGCAGGGGGGGUGGCGGCGGCGGCCGGGGGCCCGUGAGCCCGCGGGGCCCCAGCUGCGGGCCCCAGCAGCGGGGCGGCCCCCUCCCCGAGGCGGGACGAUGCCGGUGAAGAAGAAGAGAAAGUCCUCGGGAUCGGCGGCUGCCGCGGCCGACGACACCGGUCUGAAGAAAUGCAAGCUCGGCAGCUAUUGCAGAUCACAAGCCUCUGGUAAAGUAAUAAGUGGAGAGGAACAUUUUUCAAGCAAAAAGUGCCUGGCUUGGUUUUAUGAAUAUGCAGGUCCCGAUGAAGUUGUGGGACCCGAAGGAAUGGAAAAGUUCUGUGAAGACAUCGGUGUAGAGCCUGAAAAUAUUAUUAUGCUAGUUUUAGCCUGGAAACUAGAGGCUGAAAGCAUGGGAUUUUUUACCAAGGAAGAAUGGUUAAAAGGAAUGACCUCAUUACAGUGUGACUGUACAGAGAAAUUACAGAGUAAAUUUGACUUCUUGCGGUCACAACUGAAUGACAUUUCAUCCUUUAAGAAUAUCUACAGAUAUGCCUUUGAUUUUGCAAGGGAUAAAGACCAACGAAGUCUUGAUAUUGAUACUGCAAAAUCCAUGUUGGCUCUUCUGCUUGGAAGAACUUGGCCACUGUUUUCAGUAUUUUAUCAAUACCUGGAGCAAUCGAAGUACAGAGUUAUGAACAAGGAUCAGUGGUACAACGUGCUAGAGUUCAGUAGAACUGUCCAUGCAGAUCUUAGCAACUAUGAUGAAGAUGGUGCAUGGCCUGUACUUCUGGAUGAAUUUGUUGAAUGGCAAAAAGUUCGUCAAGCAUCAUAGCAAGAAUUCAAAAGAAAAUGCAGUUUUCUGGUGCCCACCUGUACACAAACUAAUGAGAAAAACAAAAUAAUUGCAUUUUCAUUCUGAAGAAAGACUGUACAGUAAUUUUUUUCCUUUUUAAGGAAACUUUCUUGCUACAUGUGAUAUGGGCAUUGAACCACACCUCUUCUGAGACUGAAAGUUGGAGUUCUUGUUUUGAGUCCUAUGUUUAUAGCAUUUAUUUCAGAACAAUAAAGAUUCAGAUUUGUGACAAAGGCCUAAAGCUGAAGAAUGUCCCUUGAA